UGAGCACUGUCGUGUGUCUCCCAGCCGCCAGGGGCCGCUGUGGGGCGGCGAAUCAGAAAUAUGGUGGCGUCCGGGAGAAGGGCUGUCAGCAUGGCGGAUGCGUUUUUCACUUCAUGUUUUGCUCUUUAGCCGAAUGUUUUGGUCUCGGCAUCGCAGCGCUGGCGAUCGCACAGUCAGGCCGCGGCGCAGCAGGGAGCGGUCUCCUCGGAUGCUAGCGGCUGCUAGCGGCUGCUAGCGGCCCGGGGCCGGAGCAGCGCUGAUAUCACGUUCUACGCCUCUCCGUCGCUCUGCGCACGUCGGGACUUGUGACCCAGUUUGGUCGGCGACGGGGAAAGAAACGCGGGGCUCCCCAAAACCCACCCAAACACCCGCAGUGAAACAACGAAACAUCUGUAAUCUCUGCCCAGCCCAGGGGCCCCCUGAAGGCUCCCAACUCCCCCUCACCUUGACAGGGCCCCAGUCACUACAGCUUUCCUAGACUUACCAGACCGGGAUGAAACAUCAGGAGCUUGAACAAAGAGGGACCAUAGAGGGUGAUAUUUUAAUUCAGUGACUCUUACUUUGGUCAAAGAAGAAAUAAUAUUAGCCUCAGCGGAAAAAAAAAACCCACACCAGAAAAUAACAAUGGGUGAAACAACUGUAGAAAUAGAUGAGGAGGUGACAAAACAGGACAUCUCAAUGGAGCCGCUCCCAGAGCCACUUCUGAUAAUCCUGUCCCCACCUCCACCUUUCCUACCUGUCCGUGGUGAACCAACCAUGUUUUGGCAUAAGUGGCUUAAAGCUUUUGAACACUACCUCGAAGCACUCGGUGAAAAUGAGCUGGUCGACUCCAGUAAGUGUGUCCUCUUACAGAACUGCCUUGGCCCAGAGGGGCAGCGCAUCUACACAACACUGAUCCACGGUGAAACCACGUACGCAGCAGUCAUCUCAGCGCUCACGGGUUACUUCAAUUCUGAUCACACUUCUCAGAUGUACCGCCUUAAAUUCCAUCAGAGGGCUCAGAUGCCUGGAGAGACUGUAGAUCAGUUUGUGUCUGCGUUAGAAGAACUGCUGAGGCCUUGUAACUAUGGAGAUUUACAAGACAAACUUAUCUUGGAUCAGCUGAUUGAGAAAACAAACUUCCCACAACUCAAAGAGAGGCUGCGGUCUGAGAAGGAAACUCUGACCUUGGCUGCAGCGUUGGUUAUUGGUAAAGAUGUAGAAUCUACUUUGAAUGAAUCUGAACUUUUUGGUUUUCACGAGGUCAGUGUGGAUAUUGGAGAUGAUUUAGACCCUCCUGUUCAAAGAAAGGCCAAAAGAGGGCGACCUCGGCGCGGGGAGAAAAGGACGCAAGCAAAACCAUGCUUGACUAAAACCCCACCAAAAUCGUCUAGAUACAAAGACAACUACUACUACAGCAAUGAUAAGCUAUAUUAUAGUGAUAAUGAUGAAGAUAAGUCUAAGAGUGCUGAUGAGACUAAUCUGGCUUGUGAUAAAACCAGUGAUAAAGGUGAUGAUGAUGUUAAAGCCUCGUCAUCAUUACAGAGGAUGGAGAAGGGAGGCUGCGACACGGCAAGUGAUGACGGUGGUGGUGGUGGUGAUGAUGAUGAUGAUGAUGAUUUACUUACCUGCAUUUACUUGACUAAAGUAAAGAAGACUUUGUCAUUUCUUUUCUGA